UUGCUCACUAGAGACUGCCCUGCCCUGUACUCUCGCUCUGUCUGUGCAGUAUGGGAAUGUGUACACACUGUGGAUGGGUUCCAAGCAGCUUGCUCACUAGAGACUGCCCUGCCCUGUACUCUCGCUCUGUCUGUGCAGUAUGGGAAUGUGUACACACUGUGGAUGGGUUCCAAGCCGCUUGCUCACUAGAGACUGCCCUGCCCUGCCCUGUACUCUCACUCUGUCUGCAGCUGGCUGUGCAGUAUGGGAACGUGUACACACUGUGGAUGGGUUCUAAGCCAGUUGUGGUGCUCAGUGGGUUCUACGCUGUUCGAGAAGCCCUGGCAUCUGAAGCGUUCUUGGGCAGGUCCUACGUCUCCAGCAUGUGCCGUUUGAUUGGUAACAAAGGAAUCCUGAUGUCCAAUGGGAAAACCUGGAAACAGCAGAGAAAGUUUGUCCUGGUGGCCCUCCGUAACCUAGGACUGGGGAAGAAAAGCAUGGAGCAGAAGAUCAGAGAGGAGGCUGACUACCUGCUGGGAGUGAUAGCAAGGGAGGAAGGGAAGCCACUCGACCCCUCCACUAUGAUCCACAACGCCGUGUCCAACGUCAUCGUGUCCGUGGUGUUCGGGCAGCGCAUGGACCUGCAGGAGGCGCUGUUCCUCACACUCAUGGAAAGCAUCCACUCCAUGAUGCACUUCCAGGGGUCUGCCUCGGGCCAGCUGUACGACGCCUUCCCUGGAUUGAUGCACCUCCUACCAGGUCCCCACAAGAGGGCAUUCGCGCACGCUGACAACCUGAAGAGAUACAUUGGAACCCAGAUACAGGAGCACAGGCACAGCCAACACAGCGAGCCCAGGGACUUCAUUGAUUGGUACCUCUCCCAGAUAAACAAGACGAGCGCGGACCCUGAAUCCACCUUCAAUGACGACAGCAUGCUACAGGUAGUGAUGGAUCUGUUCUUUGCUGGCUCUGAGAGUGUCGCCACUACCCUGCUCUGGGCACUCCUCUACAUGGUCACAAACCCUGGGGUGCAAGAGCGUGUUCAGGAGGAGCUGGACAGUGUGGUUGGAUGCUCAGCUCCCCCCCGCUAUGAGGACAGACAGCGGCUGCCCUACACCAGCGCCGUAGUGCAUGAGACCCAGCGCUACUCCAACAUUGUGGCAGGGGGCGCCAUGCGGCUGAGCACGAGGGAGACCAGCGUGCAGGGACACCACAUCCCCAAGGGCACCAUGGUCUUGCCCUGCCUGCCCUCGGUGCUCUUUGACCCCGAGCAAUGGGAGACGCCAGACAAAUUCAACCCUGGCCACUUUCUGGACCAAGAGGGCAACUUCCGCAAGAGGGAGGCCUUCCUCCCCUUCUCCUCAGGUCCCCGGGGGUGUCUGGGGGAGCAGCUGGCCCGAGUCGAGCUCUUUGUUUUCUUCUCCUCACUGCUGCAGAGAUUCACCUUCACACUGCCGUCCGGCGUCACUGAGCCAAACAUGGACUACGAACUGGGGGCCAUCCUGACCCCCCACCCCUUCCAGAUCUGUGCUGUACUCCGCUGAGCCUCCCCACCCCUUCCAGAUCUGUGCUGUACCCCGCUGAGCCUCCCCACUCCUUCCAGAUCUGUGCUGUACCAACGCUGAGCCACCCCACCCCUUCCAGAUCUGUGCUGUACUCCGCUGAGCCUCCCCACUCCUUCCAGAUCUGUGCUGUACUCCGCUGAGCCUCCCCACCCUACCAGAGCUGUACUGUACUCCGCUGAGCCCCACUCCACUCCUUCCAGAUCUGUGCUGUACUCCGCUGAGCCUCCCCACCCUACCGGAGCUGUACUGUACUCCGCUGAGCCCCACUCCACUCUUCCAGAUCUGUGCUGUACUACACUGAGCCUCCCCACCCUACCGGAGCUGUGCUAUACCCCAUAUCGGUGCCAAACCCGUGUGAAGUACAAACAGACCUUUGCAUGUUUAUUAUAAAAUUAGAGUAUUAUAUAAUUACACAGAGUAACACAGGGUAUGUGUUGUUUGUCAGUGAAGCUAUGCCACUAAUCUUAGAAUGGGCAGUUAUUCUGCAUUAGCCUUGCAGCAACUGCAAUGAUUUUUGUGUUUGUUUCAGUAUUCCCUAUAUGAUAUUAAUAAACUUUUCCACUGCUAUGAGUGAUUUGAACCAUAUGUUUCAUUAAAGAGAAAUGGAUCCAAGGUUGUCGGUGUUAAUAGAAAAGCAGUGCUCAUUUUUUUCCCCCAACUGAAAGUCAACUACAUUUUUAAUAAACGCUAAGAGGUGGAAUAUAAAUGGCAAUUGGAAAUGUUUCACACUUGGAUAAAAAACUCAAAAAGGUAUUGCAUUGGGCAACUGUGAACAGUUCAGAAACAAGUGUAGGAAUGGAGGUAUGACAUCAUCUUCACAUCACCCCAGUAUAACUGAGCAGUGUGCGGUUUUAAAGCCCCCGAG